AUGUCGCCCCCCGGUGACGUGACCGACUCCAUCGCCGGAGCUGAGCUACGUGCUGAGCUCCAGGACGAGCUCGUUGACGAGAAGAAGAAUUCCAUCUCCAUUGAGCCUACCGUCACCGAGAAAGCUCCUCACAAGAAUGCCUUCCAUAUUCAGACCACGCAGGGCUUGGAGCUCCCAAGUGCUGAAGACAUGGGAACUCUGAGACGAGUGCCAAACCACAUCCCUCUCAAGCUCUUCAGCAUUGCCUUUAUCGAACUGUGCGAGCGUUUCUCCUACUAUGGUUGCACCGUCGUGUUCACCAACUUCAUCCAGCAGCCUCUUCCCGAUGGUUCUACCACUGGUGCUAUUGUCAACUCAGAUGACCAGCCCGGUGCCCUUGGCAUGGGCCAGAGAGCGUCCACCGGCCUCACCACCUUCAACCAGUUCUGGCAGUACUUCAUGCCGCUCGCCGGUGCGUACGUGGCUGACCAGUACUGGGGACGUUACAAGACCAUCAACUACGCCUUGGGAAUUGACAUUAUCGGCCACAUCAUUCUGAUCGUCUCCGCGGUUCCCCCUGUCAUCAAGAACAGCAGUGGUGCCUUGGGUGCCAUGAUUAUUGCUAUCCUCACCAUUGGCUUUGGCACCGGCGGCUUCAAGCCCAACGUCAGCCCGCUCAUUGUGGAACAACUUGGAGAACAAUUCAUGCAUGUCAAAACCCUCAAGUCAGGCGAGCGUGUUAUUGUUGAUCCGGCCGUUACUGUCGAACGAAUCUACAACUGGUUCUACUUCUGCAUCAACGUUGGCGCCCUUGUCGGCCAACUUUGUAUGGUGUACGCUGAGAAAUACGUUGGUUUCUGGCUAUCUUAUACUCUUCCUUGCAUCAUGCUCUGCAUCUGCCCACUCGUCAUGUGGUGGGGGCGUGACAAGUAUGAGAGGCGCCCACCAGGCGGAUCUCUCAUCAAGCCAGCACUCAAGACCUGGUUCCUCGCUCAGAAGGGCCGCUGGUCUAUCAACCCCUUCCAGACCUGGAAGAACAUGCACGAUGGCACGUUCUGGGAGAAUGUCAAGCCCUCUCACUUUACCGAUGAGACCCGCCCCAAGUGGAUGAACUUCGACGACGCCUGGGUAGACGAGCUGAAGCGUGGAUUCGCCGCUUGCGCCGUCUUCUGCUGGUACCCCAUUUUCUGGCUUUGCUACAAUCAGAUCAACAACAACCUCAUCUCCCAGGCCGCGACGAUGGAGCUCCACGGAGUGCCCAACGAUGUUCUGUCCAACCUGAACCCCUUUGCACUUCUCAUCUUUAUCCCCCUCAACGACUUCUUUGUUUAUCCCGCCCUUCGCAAGGCAGGCAUCAAGUUCACGCCUAUUAAGAAGAUCACCGCCGGUUUCUUUGUUGGUUGUGCCGCCAUGAUCUGGGCCGCUGUUGUUCAGCACUACAUCUACGACAAGUCCGAGUGUGGAGACCACGCAUCUGGAAAGAUCUGGAGCGAUGUGGAGGGCGAGAUGGUCACCUGUACCCCAGCUCCCAUCAAUGUUUGGGCCCAGACCGGAUCCUACGUCCUCAUCGCCCUCGCCGAGGUCUUUGCCUCCAUCACCUCGCUCGAGUACGCCUUCUCUAAGGCCCCCAAGAACAUGCGAUCCAUGGUCCAGGCCGUUUCACUGUUCAUGACUGCCUUUUCAUCUGCCCUCGGCCAGGCCCUGGUCGGUCUUGCGGCUGAUCCCCUUCUCGUCUGGAACUACGGUAUCGUGGCCAUUCUCGCCUUCAUUGCUGGAACCUGCUUCUGGUUCCAGUUCCGUGACUUGGAUAUCCACGAAGACGAGCUCAACGAGCUGCCAGAGGGUCGUGCGGGCGUCACUGCCGACGAGGAGAAUCGGUAUGACCUGAAGGGUGCUGAGAACUAA